UAGGUGGAGCACAAGGCAGGGGUGCCCCUGCAGCCUGGCAUAUACAUCUUGCCAGUCCCUUUCAGCCCCAGAUCCAGUAUGGCUGGUUCCCUGAGCAGGUGCUGGAGGUGGUUUGUCUCCACCCUCUACAAGUACUCUGGACGAGAUGAAGACAAGUUUAGGCUGAGCAAGGGAGAGAUGAAGGAAUUGGUGCAGAAGGAGCUGCCCAGCUUUGUGGGGGACAAAGUGGAUGAGGAGGGGCCGAAGAAGCUGACGGGUGAACUGGAUCAGAACAGUGACCAGCAGGUGGGCCUCAAGGAGAUCGCGGUCUUUCUGGCCCUCCUCACGAUUAUGUCCAGUGAUCCAAAGACUUCUUCCCCGCCUACCCAUGCCAGUCCUCAAAACAGAGCUUUCCUGAAAACGGAGCUUUUCACUUUCGGCUGCGGAUCUCUGGAGUCCAGGAAGACUCUGCCACUGGAUCUCAUCACGACUCGCUCUUCUCAUCUGUGCAAUGCGCACAGCCAGCGGUUGACUUUCCAGCCAGAAGGGUAG